GUCGCUGCGGGCGGCCAUGUCGCGGCGGGUCGUGCUGUUCGACCUGGGCGGCGUGCUCUUCGGGCCCAGCCUGCAGCACUUCCUGCGCUCCUGCGAGCGGGAGGCCGCGCUGCCCAGGAACCUCUUGCAGGAGGUGAUGUUCGAGGGCGGCGAUGACAGCCCCUACGCCAGGGCGAUGCGGGGGCACAGCAGCUUGUCCCAGCUGCUCGCGGAGCUGGAGCGGGGCUGCCGGGCGCGCGCGGGCGCCGCGCUGCCCGACGCCUUCUCCGUCGCCCGCGCCUUCGAGGGCAUGGCGGCCGAGGGGAGCGUGAACCUGCCGCUGCUCCGCGCCGCCGUGGAGCUCCGCGCCAACGGCUUCAAGACCGGCGUCCUCACCAACAACUGGGUGGACGACGGCGCCGGGCGGCUCUUCACGGCCGCGCUGCUGGGCGCGCUGCGGAGGCACUUCGACGUGGUCAUCGAGUCGUGCCGCGCGGGGCUGCGCAAGCCCGAGCCGGCGCUCUACAGCCACGCGCUGCAGGCGCUGCGGGCGCAGCCGCACGAGGUGAUCUUCCUGGAUGACGUUGGAGAGAACCUGAAGCCGGCGCGGGCCAUGGGCAUGGCCACGGUCCUGGUGCGGGACACGGAGGCGGCGCUCAGGGAGCUGCAGGAGCUCUCGGGCGUGCAGCUGCUGGGCCAGAAGGAGCCGCUGCCGACGGCCUGCGAUCCCSACAGCGUGAGCCACGGAUACGUGGCCAUCCGGCCCGGCGUGCAGCUGCACUUCGUGGAGAUGGGGCACGGCCCCGUGGUGUGCCUCUGCCACGGCUUCCCCGAGUCCUGGCUCUCCUGGAGGUACCAGCUGCCCGCGCUGGCCGACGCCGGGUUCCGGGUCAUCGCGCUGGAGAUGAAGGGCUACGGAGACUCCACGGCGCCGCCGGACAUAGAGGAGUAUUCCCAGGAGGCGAUCUGCAAGGACCUGGCCGUGUUCCUGGACAAGCUGGGCAUCGCGCAGGCCGUGCUCGUGGGCCAUGACUGGGGCGGUGCUGUCGUGUGGAACAUGGCCCUGUUCUACCCCGAGAGAGUGAGAGCCGUGGCCUCGCUGAACACCCCGUACCGGCCGGCGGACCCCGACGUGGACAUCGUGGAGAGGAUGAGCCGCGUGCCCGCCUUCGACUACCAGUUCUACUUCCAGGAGCCGGGCGUCGCGGAGGCAGAGCUCGAGCGCGACGUCGGCCGCACCCUGAGGCUCCUGAUCCGCUCGGCCAGCAAGGAGGACCGCCUGCCCUCGUCGCCCGGCUUCCACGGCGUCCGCGAGCGAGGGGGGCUGCUCGUGGGCUUCCCCGCGGACRCCCCCGCCAGCCGCAUCCUCGCGGGCGCCGCGCUCCACUACUACGUGCAGCAGUUCACCAAGUCCGGCUUCAGGGGACCGCUCAACUGGUACCGCAACAUGCGCCGCAACUGGCGCUGGGCGCUCUUGGCCAAGGACAGGAAGAUCUUGAUGCCGGCGCUGAUGGUGACGGCCGGCAAGGACCYGGUGCUGCGUCCGGCCAUGGCGCAGGGCAUGGAGGAGUGGAUCCCGCACCUGAGCCGGGGACACAUCGAGGAGUGCGGCCACUGGACGCAGAUGGAGAGGCCGGCGGAGCUCAACCGCAUCCUGCUGGAGUGGCUGGAGAAGCUGCCCGAGAGCCCCGCGCCGCCCAYGCUCUGCCGGCUGUGACGGCCGCCGCUCGGGCUCCCGCGUUCCCGGGCAGCCGCGGGAAGCCGGGAUGAGCAGCCGUGUUCCCGAGGAGCCGUGGGAAGCCGGGAUGAGCCCCCGCGCGGGCCGGCCUUUGCGCGYUAAUGAUUGCACUUAACGCCGCCUUAGGAAUCACGCGCUGCCUUGGAGCCCGCG